UUUAUCACGUGAUUUUGUGUUAUGCCGCCAUCUUGGCGGUCAACCGGCCAGCUCGUUCCUACGUGUUCGUACGGAUUCAGUUUGAUUUCGGCGCUACAUUUUCACUGAUUUCAUCCGAAUUAUGGCUGAUUUGCUAUCCAAUGAAGAGAUUUUACCAAAUGCCAGGUAAAACACUCUCAACGGAUGAAUGAUCCUCCCCUCAGACCUUGGGUAGCAAUAGCGAAAGAUGGUCAGAUCCUGUGCUGCCACUGUACCUGCAUGGCUGGAUUGGGUGAAACAUGUUCACAUUCAGCAGCAUCCCUGUUCGCCCUGGAGACAUUAAUAGUAUGAAGACGGCCACUUCAUGCACAUCACUACCUUGUCAGUGGCUGAAACCAUCAGCAUCGCACAUAGAAUAUGCUGAAGGAUGCAAUAUCGAUUUUGCCCGUCCAGCCCAGAAACGAAAGUCAGAAGUUUCAACUCCUGAGGAAAGUGCUGCGAGAAAACUGUUGAAUGUUCCUCUACCAACUGAAGAGCAGAAAGCUGCCUUUUACAAGGCUUUGUCUGAAUGUGGUGGAAGACCAGCAAUUUUGAGCAUUGUCCCUGACUAUGCUGACAACUUUGUGCCAAGGGCAGUGAAGCGAAAGCUUCCUGUACCUCUCUCACAGCUGCACGAUUCUGGCAAUAUGAAACUCAGCCCAGAUGAACUUGCACUAAAAUGCCGGUCAGAGGUGGAAAAGUUACAUUCCAUUACCAGAGAGCAGAUAUCUGCGGUUGAAGAAGGGUCCAGGGGCCAAGCAACAUCAACAACUUGGUUUCAACAAAGAGCUGGGCGAAUUGGUUCAUCAAGUUCUGCACGCAGAUUUUUACACUCUGCAGUGAGGGAAUCCAUUGCUUCCCCAGUGAUAUCCGUCUGUGUGGCAGUAGUCGCCAUGCCUUCGUUUCGAAUCUCAGCGUGCACCACAUCUUCACCAGCGGGUAGUUGAUCAUUUUCACAAGGGACAGACUGGGAAAUAUUGACAAGUGCUGCUGCUGCCAAUGCCCUCUCACGGUCUCUCUCUUGCGCUGCUUGAGAUUUCUUCUUCUCUCAAAGAUCUUCAUUGAACAUUUGAGUUUUCGUUUGUGAGGUGACUGGGUAUGCUCAAAUAUACUUGGCACAUAGUCUGGGGAUAGUGGAUCUUCGCUUUUUGCACCUGAAACAAACAAUCACGUUAUGCAUAAUGACUACCAUAAAUAAUUAAGCACGUUGUUCAAGGGGAUAUACCCAGUUCAAUUUGCUUUGUAAUGGCAUUUCAUAACUUGACAUAUUAAAAAACUGAAUAGAGUUAAAUCA